AUGGCACCAACACUCCACCCUGCAACACACGGCAUCCACGCCGACAACCGCACAAAUGUCCUCACCGACAUCGCGCCCCCCAUCCACACCUCAACCACCUUCCGCUACCCCCGCGAUCCAUCUCUGCUACAACCUGUUUCCCCAGAAGAAGGCGAAGUCAUUGACCUUAGCACACCACUCAUCUACUCACGUCUGGCAUCAGCAAACACCAACCGCCUCGAGACCAUCUUGGCGCCCCUCAUUUACCCACGAGCCAAAGAGGAAGAGUUGGAGAGUCUGGCCAACCACGUCGUGUCUUACAGUAGUGGGCUGAGCGCGUUCCAUGGGCUGCUAGUAAGCGUGGUGCCCAAGGUCAUUGCAAUCAGCGGUGGAUACCACGGCUGCCACGGCGUCAUUGACUUGCACAAACGGAUGCACGGCGUCAAAACUGUAGACUUGCACGCCGACGAAGCAGCUUGGGACGCCAGCGGAAUCGGAAAGGGGGAUCUGGUGCAUGUAGAGACGCCUCUGAACCCGACUGGCGAAGCAUUCAGUAUCCAGAAGUAUGCCGAUAGAGCACACGCGCGCGGCGCCUUCCUCUCCAUCGACGCCACCUUUGGUCCUCCAGGCUUGCAGGAUCCGUUCCAGUGGGGUGCCGACUUUGUCAUGCACUCCGGUACCAAGUACAUCGGCGGGCACAGUGAUAUGCUGUGCGGCAUUCUCGCCACAUCCGCUUCGCCCAAGGGCCUCCAGAGAGCCCAGGGGCUGCGCGCAGAUCGAAUCUUUUUGGGCAGUGUGCUGGGCAGUCUCGAGGGCUGGUUGGGGGUGAGGAGUCUAAGGACCAUGGAACUACGCGUUCAGAGGCAGUCUUCAAACGCCGAUCGGCUCGUUGCAUGGCUCAACGACGCAGUCAAUGGAAAAGGAGAGGAUAGCGAGGUAGUGAAGAAGGUCGUUAGCCACGUCACACACGCCAGUCUGCAGACCGAAGACUUCAGCUGGUUGAAGAAGCAGAUGCCGAACGGUUUCGGCCCGGUAUUCAGUAUCUACAUGCGCUCCGCUCAGCAAGCGCGCUGUCUGCCGAGCCACCUGCAGCUGUUCCACCACGCAACGAGUCUGGGCGGCGUCGAGUCUCUCAUCGAGUGGCGGAAGAUGUCAGAUGCUGGAGUCGAUGACAGGUUGUUGCGUGUCAGCAUUGGGGUGGAGAACUGGGAGGACUUGAAAAAUGACUUUCUGGGUGCUUUCAAAGCGUUGGCAGAGGGUAGCAAGAGCAUUGGAGAUGCUACCGAGGGUACAAGCGUGCAGGUCGGACAAGAGGGCGCCAAGGUAGAAGGUGCUGGACAGGGGAGCGUGUAG